AUGGGCCUGAAAUGGAAGAAGAUGAUGGGGAAAUUGGACAGAAAUAGAAGAAAAAGAGGGGGUGAUAAGGAAAUGAAUGACUUUGAUUGUGGUGAUAGCACAGAUCCAAAGUGGAUGAAUGAUGGGCUAGAGGGGAGUGAAGAUGAAGAUAUAUUUGCUUAUGUUGAUAAAGAUGUGGGGGUAGAAACAAAUAUGGAUGUUGAGACAAACUUAGGGGUUGAAUCAAAUGUAGAAAAUGAACCAAAUGCUUCACGUUCUAAUGAAUGGUGUUCAGAUCAAUAUUUUGAGAUGCAUACUUUGUAUGGAUCAUCAGAUGAAGAGAAAUUCGAUGAUAGGUUUGCAGAAUUUAAUGAGGAUGUGGAUAUGGUAAAACCUAAACUAAAAGUGGGGAUGAAAUUUAAGAAUGCACAAGUUUUUAGGAAUGCAUUGAAGGAAUGGCAAGUGCACCAGAGAUAUGAUUUGAAGUGGGUUAGAAAUGAAAAUAAAAGGAUUACUGCAAUGUGUAAACAAGAGUGUGGUUUUAGAAUUCAUGCAUCCCUAAUGCAAAACGAAAGCACAUUUCAGGUCAAAAGCUUACAACCAGUUCAUUCAUGUGGUAGGACUUAUGACAACCAUCUAGUUACCUUAAGGUAUUUAUCACAAAAAUACCUUGAAAGAUUGAAGAAUUCUCCUAAUAUAGAUAUCUUAGCCAUGCAAAAGGACAUUCAUAGAGAACUAAUGGUUGAUGUAAGUAAGAGUCAAGUGUGUAAAGCAAAAAGAAAAGCAAAGGAAACAAUUGAAGUGGAUUUGAGGAAGCACUAUUUAGUGAUCAAAUUGGACAAGCCUAUAGUUGAAGAAGAUGUUGAUCAAGUAGAAAGGCCUAACAGACAACUUAGGCCUAUUUUGAAGAGGUUGUAUGUCAAACUAGAUACACAGAAGCAAGGUUUUCUCCAAGGUUGCAAGCUUGUUCUUGGGUUAGAUAGUUGUUUUUUGAAGAGCAUAUAUGGAGGCCAAGCCAUUGGUCUUGAUGGGAAUGACAACAUGUUUUCCAUUGUCAUUGCUGCAGUAGAGGUUGAAUACAAACAAAAAGGAUUAGUGCACACUGUUACACAGGUUUUGCCUAAAGUUGAGCAUAGGUAUUGCUUGAGCCACUUCUACACCAACUUGAAACAGAAGUUCAGGAGGAAAAAGCUAAAGGAAUUGAUGUGGAAAGCUACAAAGGCUAGGACAAACAGGGAGGUUGAUUAUCACAUGAAGAAGUUAGGGGAAUUGGACAAAGAAAACAAGCCAAAUGAGUGGUUGAUGCAAGAAAAUCCUAAAACGUGGGCCAGAUCUUACUUCAGCACAAGAUCCUAG